UUCUAGCAAAGUCGCGCUUUCCCACACUACGGAACCAGAAAUGCGACUUUGCGCUUUUACCUAUUUAUAGCUCUGUAUCACUCACUGCACGCACUGUAUACUCAUCAACUUCAUCUUCUCUACCUGCCAUGCUCUGUAUACUUUCAUAAACCCUAAUUAUACGUAUAACAAAUUAAUAUCAUCAGACUCUGUCGUUCAUCCCCUUCACCUUGAUUUCUCUGUACAUUUAUAUAUAUAUACAGCAGCAGCGCCAUGAAUUGUUUAAUUGUUCGAAUUUUUUGGCUGUGGAUUUUAAUUUUCGCUCGACCUUCGACCGCGGCGAUGAAUUCCUUCAUCUAUAUCGGUUGUUCGCAGCUCAAGUACGCUCCGGGGAGCCCCUACGAGUCCGGCGUGAACUCAAUUCUGACGUCGGUGGUGAACGCCGCCGCCUUCUCCGGCUACAACACUUUCAAAUUUCCAUUCCCGGCGUCGUCGGCGGUCUCCGGUCUGUACCAGUGCCGCGGCGAUCUGAGCGGCUCGAUCUGCCACGACUGCGUCUCGGAGGCGGUGAGCCGGCUGGGGAGCUCGUGCGUUGGCGCGGCUGGCGGCGCGAUGCAGCUGGAGGGGUGCUUUGUGAGGUACGACAACGCGACGUUCGUCGGAGUUGAGGACAAGACGGUGGUGACGGAUAAAUGUGGGCCGCCGAUCGACGGCGGCGAUGAGUCCGGAGUGUUGACCGGAAAAGAUGGUGUGUUGGCGUAUCUGAUGGCUGGGGGGCAGUAUUUUAGAGUCGGGGGGUCCGGGAAAGUCCAGGGACUGGCUCAGUGUGUCCAGGACCUCAGUAUAUCGGAGUGCCAGGAUUGCAUAUCGGAGGCGAUCCAACGGCUGAAAAACGAGUGUGGUUCUUCGGCUUGGGGGGAUAUGUUCUUGGGCAAGUGCUACGCGCGCUACUCGGAGCGUGGGUACACCGCCAAACAUGAUGAAAAUGAUGAUGAAAUGGAGAAAACCCUAGCCAUAUUUAUAGGACUGGUAGCUGGUGUUGCUGUGCUCAUUGUGUUCCUCUCAGUGUUGAGUAAACUCUUGGAUAGGAAAGGAGGUUCUAGUGGUAAAUAAAGUGAAGUUCUAAAAGGGCAACCAUCAUAUUCCUUCUCGUAAAUUGCUUUUCUAUGGAUUCUCAUGACUUUGCUUCGAAGCCCAUUUAUAAAAAUGAAUAUUUUGUGGGGAUACAUACAUCACACCUCUCUCUCUCUAGCUCUCUCUCUCUCUCUCUCUCUGAUCUACCCUUGCCUGUUGUAAUAAAAAGCUAUUUAUUUAUUUACACACUGGUGUGGAAAAAAGGAAAAGAAAAGAAAAGAAAAAGGUUGUGUAGUAGUUCAAUUUAUUCUGUUGUAUCAGGAGAUUGGUUAAUAAUUGUCAUUCUUGAUUCUUCA